AUGGCCAUGAAUUACGUCACUUUCAACCAGGACUAUAGCUAUUUGGCGGUGGGGACGUCGAAAGGAUUCCGUAUCUUCACGACCGAUCCAUUCGCCAAGAGCUAUGAAACAAAAGAAGGGAAUAUAGCCAUGUUGGAAAUGCUGUUCUCGACGUCGCUGGUCGCCCUGAUUUUGUCCCCUCGACGACUGCAAAUCACAAACACGAAACGGCAAUCCACCAUAUGCGAGCUGACCUUUCCAACGACCGUGCUGGCUGUUAAGCUGAACCGCAAACGACUUGUUAUCGUCCUCGAACACCAGAUUUAUCUAUAUGACAUUCAAACCAUGAGGCUUUUGUCGACUAUUGAAACAUCACCAAAUCAGAAUGCAAUUUGUGGAUUGUCGCCCUCGUCUGAGAACUGUUAUCUCGCAUACCCAUUACCGCAAAAAGCUCCGCCCUCGUCAUUUGCUCCUCCUGCGCAUGCGCCCCCCAGUAGUACAACCCACAUAUCGCCAACCACCGGGGAUGUAUUGAUAUUCGACACCGUCAAGCUAGAAGCCAUCAACGUUAUCGAGGCCCAUCGAUCUCCCCUUUCGUGCAUCACACUGAAUGGCGAUGGUACCUUGUUGGCAACAGCUUCCGACAAAGGAACUAUCAUUCGUGUUUUCUCCGUUCCCGAUGGGCAUAAACUCUACCAAUUUCGGCGCGGCUCGAUUCCGUCUCGAAUAUACAGCAUGUCAUUUAAUACCAUGUCGACCCUACUAUGCGUGUCAUCAGCAACAGAGACGAUCCAUGUUUUCCGAUUGAACAAUCAGGGAGGAGCGCCAGAUGGAAGCCCCCGCAAUUCUUCUUAUGAGCGAUCCCUCAGUCCUAGCUCAGGGACUUAUGGAGAAGAUCAGGAGCCUGGUACAGAAUCAUCUGAUUUUUCGGCAAGGAAGCACAACGGGACCCUUAUUGGCAUGAUCCGUCGCACAUCGCAAAAUGUUGGGACCACGUUUGCCGCCACAGUCGGAGGGUAUCUACCAAAGGGAGUCAGCGAAAUGUGGGAGCCUGCAAGGGACUUUGCCUGGAUCAAAUUGCCCAAAUCGAGCCCUGGUUCUAGCGGCGCUGCCAGCACUGGACCGGUGCGAAGUGUUGUGGCGAUGAGUAGCAACACACCCCAGGUCAUGGUUGUGACUAGCGAGGGCAACUUCUAUGUCUUCAAUAUUGACCUUUCAAAGGGCGGUGAAGGAACACUAACCAAGCAAUAUUCGGUUCUCGACACUAACGACAAACUGGGAUCGUCCGGGCUUGACUAUUGA